GUUUCCUCUUCUGUCCUGAGCUGUCCUCUCAUGGAAGGAAACACUGGUUUUCCGAUCAGUCACACUUGCAACCAUGACGCCUAAACAUUGCUUUCUAGGCUUCCUCGUCAGUUUCUUCCUGACUGCGGUAACAGGAACUCAGCCAGCCCAUGAAUCUCUGAAGCCUCAGAGGGUACAAUUUCAGUCCCGGAAUUUUCACAACAUUUUGCGCUGGCAGCCUGGGAGGGUGCUUACCGGCAACAGCAGUGUCUAUUUUGUGCAAUACAAAAUGUAUGGACAGAGAAAAUGGAAAAGCAAAGAGGACUGUUGGGGUAUUCAAGAACUCUCUUGCGACCUUACCAAUGAAACCUCAGACGUCCAGGAACCUUACUACGGGAGGGUGAGGACGGCCUCGGCGGGAAGCCACUCAGCCUGGAGCAUGACACGCCGCUUCACUCCCUGGUGGGAAACAAAAAUAGAUCCUCCAGUCAUAAAUAUAACCCAAGUUAAUGGAUCUUUCUUGGUGAUUCUCCAUGCUCCAAAUUUGCCAUAUAGAGACCAAAAGGGAAAAAAUAUAUCAGUGGAAAAUUACUAUGAACUAGUAUACCGCGUUUUUAUAAUCAACAAUUCACUAGAAAAGGAGCAAAAAUUAUACGAAGGGGCUCACAGAGUCGUUGAAAUCGCAGCUCUCACACCUCGCUCUGGUUUCUGUGUGGUGGCUGAACUGUAUCAGCCCAUGUUAGACAGAGGAAGUCAGAGAAGUGAAGAGAGAUGUGUGAAAAUCCCAUGAGGUCGGAUGGAGUGCUCAGCAGCAUGGAAAGCAAGAGCUCUCUGAGAAUGGGAAGGCGGCUGGUGUUUGAAGGAUCUUAAAGUUGUUUCAUAUUUUCUUAAAGCAAUGGUCACCAUUACACUUUGGGGAUGUCUUUGUUUAUCCAUUCUUUCCUCCUUUGUAUUUCAUAUGUAAACUAAAUUUGAACACCACUCCCCCCAAAAUUAAAAUUUAAAGAAGAGGCAGAGAAUAAAGGGCUCUAUGAAAUACAGAACUUUAUUUCUGAAUGUAACAUCCCUGAUAAUAAUAUUCAUUCUUCUAAGACAGCAAAAUAAAAAUGUGAAAGCCAAGAAAUAGUAUUCAUUUAAUGAAAUGUUGAAAUAGUUUUUCUAAAAUAGCAUUACAGACU